AUGGGAGCGAAGCCGCACGCUAUCGCCGGCAGUAGCCUUGCGGCGAGCGCGUCCGUCGACGGCUACAACUCGGCGGACGAACACGAGGUCGCCGUCAGCGCGCCCGCUGAGACGAUCGAGGCAUUUGCGGCGCGGAUGGCAGCGACGCGCGGCCUGCAGCUGGUGCCGAUGCUGCGCGAUGGCAACUGUCUCUUCCGCGCGGUGGCGGACCGCGUCUACGGCGACCAUGCGAUGCACGACGUUGUGCGCCAGCAGACGCUCGAUCACGUUGCGGCGGAGAGCGCGCACUUUUCUCCAUACGUCGCGGAGGACAUCCACACGUACGUCGCUCGCAAGCGGCGCGACGGCGUGUACGGCAACCACGUCGAGCUGCAGGCGCUCUCGGAGCUCUACAACCGGCGGGUCGAGGUGUACGCGCCCAACGGCGCACUGCACUCGAACUGCACUAGUGGAAGCACCAACACGGCCCUCGGGCUGUUUGGGGACCCGGACGCCAGCGUCCCCCGGGAGAGGGGUGUCCUGGUUGUGUCCUGGUUGUGUCUUGUCUGA